UGUCUUUGGGAAUUUAUACUCGCACGGGACGUGGCGUUCCCUCUACUUCGGAUUUUUUUCCCUCGAUUCUCUUGAAACUCACUCAGACAAGGACAUUUGCAUUGCCCUUUGCGUGUUGUGUCAGAACAUCAGCGGCUUUUUUUACUACCCAUUUUGUCUUCCCUUUUGAUGAUCUAGGACUCUGGGUUUCGGAUUUCCUUCCUUCCCCGUCAUAUCAAAUCCAGAUCUUUGUUGUUGUGAAGUCGAAGUGAAAAGCCGCAAUGGCGUACAAGUUUUGACGCGUUCACAGUCUUUAUUUCUUCGGUUCUUUUAUGCUUCUUUGAAGACAGUUUGGUGCACUCGUAGUUUUUACCUUUCGGGAAUUUGAUCGCUCGGAAUUCUCGCAUAACUGACGAGUUCUUGUUCGUUUUUUUCAAUCAAAGAUCCGAGCAGGUUUUCUGUUUUCGACUCGUUUCUGUUUUCGACUUGCUCAAUUCCCACUUCUUUCCUAUCUCAGAAACCAGAGUCAAGUAAAGCUGCUUUUCCACGGAAGUGAAGACAACCGCAUGCUUUCUGCCCAUGGAAAUCAUGUUGACAUCCUAUGUUCCUCUCCUCAAGUGAUAGGACGCUUGAAGCUUACCGACAUAUUGAACGGAGAUGGACAUUUCUGCGCUUUUAACUUCUGCAGGAAUUAAUAUAGGCGUGUGUGUUGUUCUUUUAUCACUUUAUUCCGUAUUGAGAAAACAACCAAGCAAUGUAGGCGUGUACUUUGGACGAAGGCUUGUGUCAGUGUGCUCAAGACCUAGUGAUCCUUUCAGCUUUGAGAGGUUUGUUCCUUCUCCUAGUUGGAUAGUGAAAGCUUGGGAAACAACUGAAGAGGAAAUAUUGGCCACUGGAGGCAUGGAUGCUGCGGUGUUUCUCAGGAUGGUUGUUUUCAGCAUUAGAAUCUUUUCCGUUGCUGUCGUCAUCUGCUUUUUUCUAAUACUUCCAGUGAAUUAUCAUGGGCAAGAAAUGCGUCACAAGCGAAUCCCUUUAGAGUCGCUGGAAGUUUUUACUAUUGCAAAUGUUAAAGAAGGUUCAAAGUGGCUUUGGACUCAUUGUCUCGCAUUAUACAUUAUAACCUGUUCCGCUUGCAUACUCCUUUACUUUGAGUACAAGAGCAUCGCUAAGAUGAGACUAAAACAUAUCACUGGAGCUCCUCCAAAUCCAAGUCAUUUUACAGUUCUUGUUCGUUCUAUCCCCCGGUGCUCACAUGAAACUUACAGUGAAACAGUGAAUAAAUUUUUCACAAAGUAUCAUUCAUCAAGCUAUUUGUCACACCAAAUGGUGUAUCGGUCUGGUAGAGUACAGAAACUGAUGACUAAUGCAGAGAAGAUGUACAUGACUUUUAAGGCGGCUGCUCAUGAACAGAACUGCCAGCCAAGUUUUAUGCCACGAGGUCUUUGUGGAGGACCUACAAAAUCUUUUGAGAUAGUUUCUCGUGAGACGGAUAAUAUUAGCGGGAAAACUGGCUUCGGUGAUUUGGAUUUGGCUACUAUAAGAAAGGAGUGUGCUGCAGCUGUUAUUUUCUUCAAGACUCGCUAUGCUGCUGUUACUACGGCAGAGGUUCUUCAAUCUUCAAAUCCCAUGUUAUGGGUGUCAGUCUUGGCUCCUGAGCCACAUGAUGUUUAUUGGUCAAACCUUUGUAUACCAUAUAGACAACUUUGGAUCCGAAAGAUAGGAACUCUUGUGGCUUCCAUUGCCUUUGUGCUGGUGUUUCUUAUUCCCGUAACAUUUGUACAAGGCUUGACUCAGCUAGAUCAGCUACAACAAACAUUUCCAUUUUUGAGGGGACUCUUAAAGAAGAAGUUUAUGAAUCAGGUGGUAACAGGUUAUCUUCCAAGUGUGAUUUUGAUUUUAGCCCUGUAUACAGUUCCACCAACCAUGAUGGUAUUUUCAGCUGUGGAGGGGUCUAUUUCCCGUAGCGGGAGGAAAAGGAGUGCAUGCUGCAAAGUCCUAUACUUCACAAUCUGGAAUGUUUUUUUCGUUAACAUUUUUACGGGAUCUGUUAUUAGCCAAUUGAGCUUCUUUUCUAGUGUAAAAGACAUACCUGCACAACUUGCCAAAGCUGUGCCGAGGCAGGCUAGCUUCUUCAUGACUUAUGUUUUAACAUCUGGUUGGGCAAGUUUGUCGUGUGAAGUGAUGCAAUUUCUUGCUCUUUUCUGCAAUCUAGUCAAGAGAUUCGUACUCAGAAUCAAGGAUGAUUCGUCCAAUUGCACUUUCUCUUUUCCCUACCAUACAGAAGUCCCACGAGUCCUCUUAUUUGGAUUCCUUGGUUUCACAUGUUCCAUCUUGGCACCCUUAAUGUUGCCCUUCUUGCUGAUUUACUUUUCACUUGCUUACCUUGUGUAUAAAAACCAGAUUCUCAAUGUAUAUGUUCCAAAAUAUGAAAGCGAGGGACAGUACUGGCCUAUUGCCCACAACACAACAAUUUUUUCAUUGGUGUUGUCUCAAAUUAUUGCGCUUGGGGUCUUUGGAAUCAAACGAUCGCCUGUGGCUUCGGGUUUUACCAUUCCAUUGAUUAUCUGCACUCUUCUAUUUCACGAGUACUGUAGGCAGAGAUUUCUUCCAAUAUUUAAGGUGGUUCCUGCAGAGGUUUUUAUUGAGAUGGAUCAAAAAGAUGAGCAGUGUGGGAGGAUGGAAGAGAUUUAUCAAAAGUUACAUUCUGCAUAUCGUCAGUUCACAGAAACUCCUCAUGAGUUGUGUAGAUCUGAAUGCUUGAAUCAUCACGACGAUGGGAAGAGCAUUUCUGAUCCGGAGAAGCUGAACCCAGGUUUGAUUCACCCAAUGCUUGGGAGACUCCCACUACCUGGAAUCAAAGAAAUAAUUGGAUGGCUGUCUUUGCUUCUCUUUUCAGGAAAGGAAGCAGACCAAUUAAACGGGUCAUCUAGUUGCAAUUUGGAUAUUGCAGAAACCAGCAAGAAGUAAAUUGAGCUCAUUGUUUUGUUCAUUCUCCAUGUUAAUGUCAGAGUUUUAUCCAUCAUGAACAAGCGCCAAAGAAAAUAUAUAUUUUGGGAAGCCUUGUACGGUAAAGGUGCUGCUGCUGGGGACUCUGGUCGCAAAAUGCGUAGUUCAACAAGCAUAGAAAUCGGUUCUUUGUCUUCUACACCUUUUACUUUAUAAUCAAGAAGUUUUGUUACGUUAUACAAAACGAAAAUACUACCUUGUACUGUUGUGACUACAGCCUUGUACAAAUUGUGUAAAAUUAUGAUAAAGUCCAAAGGUAACUGAGUAUCUAAUGUUAUGCAAUGCUAAACAAAA